AAUCGUGGCAGUGGGUGAGCCUGUCCUGGACCUGGCACCAGCUCAGCCCAAGUCCCAGCUUGUCAUUCCAGUAAAGUUGCAGGCUCCCUGAAUUGCACUGAGACGGGGGGCAGGGGAGGGGGUCAAUCACCCGGGCGGGCCGCAGGGCUCCUAGGUGCUCACGGGGUGGUACUGGCAGCGGCGAAGGUAGCCGGGCGGGCAUGUGGAAUCCCUGGCCAGGUUGGAAAAGCGCAGCCGGCAGCCCAGCGCAGGUGCAGCACCACCCAAAUGUCAGGCGGACGCAUCCGCACGGGCUGGGGCCCAUUGACCGUUCUGCCCUGGGGCCCGGAACUGCUGUCGGCCGGCCUGAGGGGGAUGCCAUAUCUGCCCCUCCUGAGGGCUGUUCUAGGGACGGGUGACCGCCAGGGACGGCCAUAGCGCUGUGCUGCCUGGCUGGUUUUAUCUGGCCCCCAGGGAGAGCACUGAAACCUUUUCUGCCCUGGCCAGCAAAAUAUCGAGGGCUGUCCCUACUCCCACGCAGCACUUCUGACCCUAUGGCUCCAUCCUGGACUGGCAGGCUGCUCUAUGACCCCCCUUUCUGCAGUCUGGCAGCGCCCCUUUACUGUACCAGGUCUGAUGCCCCCACUUUUUGCAAGGACAAGCCCUGCGGUGGCGCUGCUCCGAGGCGUGGCCCCCCGUGACCCCAGUGACGAAUCUGGAUGAGUUCACAUCCUGGAACAGACUUGACCCUUUUGGGAUUGAUGCAGCCAGCAGGGCUUGGAAGUGCUGGAAGAACUGGGGGGCUGUGCCCUGUAGGGGAAGAGGGAACACCCACAUCGGAAUGAGCUGCAGCUCCAGCCCCAAGGAGCAGGCGAAGGGACGGGUGUCAGGCACGCAGCCGCGGGCCGGGACCUGGCCCUGAGCCCAGAGGAGCUCCCAGCGCCCUACGGAGGAUGUAGACUCUCCCAGACCAUGGGUGAAGUACAGAAGGGGCUGCUCGCUGUCAUCCAAAAGCUCAAGGGCUCCGUGGAGCAGGAACUGCGGAUCGUCCUGCUGGGGCUGGACAAUGCUGGAAAAACCACACUGCUGAAGUGCCUAGCAUCGGAGGAGGUCAGCACCAUCACCCCCACGCAGGGGUUCAACAUAAAAAGUGUGCACUCACAUGGCUUCAGGCUGAACGUCUGGGACAUCGGCGGGCAGCGUGCCAUCCGCCCCUACUGGAAGAAGUACCUGGGCAACACAGACAUGCUGAUUUACGUCAUUGACAGCGCUGACAAGAAACGCUUUGAGGAGACCGGGCAGGAGCUGGCGGAGCUGAUCGAGGACGAGAGUCUCACCGGUGUCCCUUUGCUGGUGUUUGCCAACAAGCAGGAUCUAGCAAGUGCAGCACCAGCUGCAGAGAUCGCAGAGGGACUGAACCUACCUACCUACCGGGACCGCCAAUGGCAAAUCCAGGCCUGCUCAGCCCUGUCUGGGGAAGGAGUCCAGGAUGGGAUGAACUGGAUUUGCAGCCAGAUCACAAGCCGGAAGAAGUGACUGAAUCGAGCUGCAGUUCACACAGCCACGCUCACCAGCUCCCAGAGAUUCCCAGCAGUAGGCCGGGGCCCUCCCUGGACCCCCAGCCCCAGGCUGCUGAGCUCAAAGGGCCUUUCCCGGCCAAGCUCUCAUUGCUCAUCAGCUUCUCUGGAAUUCCUCACCCUCCUGGGUUUCAUUUGGUCUCUGGUGUAUCUGCAGUUCCUGAAUUGUGGCAGGAGGGCAGCAGCAAGGGCUCCAGUGGAGCCAGGGCACUGGCAAGCCUCUAGACCAGUGCUUUUCAAAGUUCGGGUCGCGACCCAGCACUGGGUUGCUCUGGUCAGCUAGUGCCUACCUGUUCCGACACCGCACUGCGCCCAGGAAGUGGCCAGCAGCAGGUCCGACUUCUAGGCAGGGGGGCCACGGAGCUCCGCGCCCUGCCCCCACCCU